AUGCCGGUGCUUCUACGAGCUGUCGGAUUUGGCAGAUCGUCCAAUAACAACCGGAAUCUGAGGCCCAACUCGGGGGCAUCCGGCGACCGUCUCCGUAGACCAUCUCAAAUCUCAGCUGGCGCUCAGUCAUCAGCCACCCGGCACUCCAAUCCAGAUAGAGAUAAAGUGGUACAAAGUCGAAUCCAUGAAACAGAAGGAGAAGAGAAAGAGAAAGAGACAUGGGGACAACGGUUUCAUCGAGCUUACAAAGAAUAUCAUAUUAAAUACCUAUUCCCAUUGAUAUUCAUCAUGUUUUACAUGCUUAUUGGAGCACUUAUAUUCUAUUUUCUGGAGAGUGGAGCAGCUGAAGAAGUGGCUAGUGAAGAGGAUUAUAAGUAUAAACGAGAACGUCGACUAUUACUGCUCCGAAUGGAAGAACUCAUUCAAGAACCUGCGAGUAAACGACGUGUUUAUCGAAAGAAAGCACUUGAAGAAGCCAUCGAUAACUACGAACAGAAACUAGAUUUCUCUGUGAAAAACGAGUCUCAAUGGACGUUUAUGUCUGCAAUGUACUUCGCUGGAACUCUUUUUACAACUAUUGGAUACGGAGAUAUUGCAUGCACAACAUCUGCUGGAAGGAUUGCUACAGUAAUCUACUCUUGUGUUGGUAUCCCAUUCAUGUUGAUCACUUUGAAUGAUUUGGGAAAAUUUCUCUAUAAUAAUAUUAAUGGAUGUGUCAAAGGAUUCGAGGACUUUACUACUUAUCUUGGAGCAUUUCGUCUGUGUCGGAGAGGAAAUGGAAACUUUCCGAAAGGAGAUGACCUAGUGAAUGUAGAAGCUGGAACUGCAAAUCCAGAUAUUCAUAUUGAAGUGUCCUCCGUGGCAUCAGAAUUGGGAAGUGAACGGAAUGAAAGUGAUUAUGAAGAUAUAGAAGACGAAGAGGAGAGAGCGAUGCCUCGGAUGAGUGUGAAGGUUGCACUUGGUAUCACUGUCGGAUGGAUUUUCUUCUGUUCUGGACUCUUUAAACUUUGGGAAGAUUGGACUUAUGGAGAGAGUUGCUAUUUCAUGUUCAUCUCGUUGUCAACCAUCGGAUUGGGAGAUGUUUCUGUGCAGAGGAGAGAUAUGAUGGUACUCUGUUUUGUAUUUGUCAUCGUUGGUCUAUCGCUUGUCAGUAUGACAAUCAAUGUGAUUCAAGUGGCUCUCGAGGAUUUCUACGUCAAUUUGAUCAUGAAACUCAUUUUGGAUUAUCAGGAGAAAAUGGCUGCAGGCGGUGAUCAAAUGGGCGCAUCAGUCGGAAUGAUGAGAAUGUGGGGAAACAAUAAGACGGCGAAAUUUCUGAUGCCUUUAUUGAGUAAAGAGAAGAAGAAGAUGGCAAUGGAGAAGGUUGAAGUGAAGGCGAAGAAUAAUGGAUUCGAGAUUCCAGCGAUUUUGACUGAUUUGGAUGAGAAAUCUGGAAUGCCAAAGUUGUUUCACAUUGAGGAACAGGCGGAGGGAGAGGAACCACCGAAAAUCCUCGAAGAACUUGUCCAAAAACAAAUCGACAUCGAAGAAGCGGCUGCAGAGAAUGCGGUGCUUUUCGUAGCUCACGACGCGAAUACUCAAACGGAUAUUCUUCUUCAGGAAGAAAAAGGACAUCAAACCGAUGAGAAACAAUACGGAGAGGGAGGAACACAGACAGAAGUGUUACAGGCAGAUAAUCUCGAAUGUGAAACCCAAACGGAGAUGAUUCUCAACUCGAUUGCUGAAACGCAAACAGUCAUCCUCGACUACACGGAUUCAGAUACAAUGACACAACCAGUCAUUGUAAACGAGUCUGAUAGUCAGACGGAAUAUGUGCAGACCAAGGAGGAGGAGUUGCAAACGUACAUUGAUACGAAUGAUAUGGAGACGUUGACGGAGAUUGAGACGAAGAAUGUCAGGAUUCAGACACCGCAACCGGUCAUCGAGCAGAAGUGUGUGCAGACGGAGGACUUGCAAGAAGACCGAAAAUCUCCGUCAAAAAUGUCGUCGGCGAAGAAAAGACUCCGUCGAGCUUUCGCCGGCAAAUCGAAACCAAGCCGAAGCAGUUUGGAGCAUCCAGUGAUGAGUGACUGGAAAGAUGUAGAGGAGAGUGAGACGGCGGUGGAUGAAGAGGAAGAAGAAAUCGGAUCAGUUGAAUCACUUCAUUGGGAUCCAGUUGAUGGAAUGCAUGCUGAGAAACAGUUGCCCGUGAAGAAGUUAAAAGCAAUGUUCGAUUCGCCAAAGGGACAAAGGAAAUUAGAGUGA